CGUGCCUGGCUGCCGUGGGACAGGAAGGUGGCCAGAGCCCCGGGGUGGGGGGUGGGGGGGUCUGGAACGGUGAGAUGGACCAGAGAAGGAAGAAGCCUCAAGACUCGAGAACCGCGGGAAUGGGAGUUUGGGGGAUGUUAGGCGGCAGAUUCCCUAGGAACUAGGGGUGCUGACUCUCAUUGGUUCUUCUAGUCCUUCCUGGUCACCAUGGCCUUCUGGACACAACUAAUGUUGCUGCUUUGGAAGAAUUUCAUGUAUCGCAGGAGACAACCGAUCCAACUCCUGGUGGAAUUACUCUGGCCUCUCUUCCUCUUCUUCAUCUUGGUGGCCGUCCGCCAUUCCCACCCUCCACUGGAGCACCAUGAAUGCCACUUCCCCAACAAGCCUCUGCCAUCAGCGGGCACCCUGCCGUGGCUCCAAGGUCUUAUUUGCAAUGUGAACAACUCCUGCUUCUCCAGGCUGACCCCUGGAGAGAAGCCUGGACUCCUUAGCAACUUCAAGGACUCCUUAAUCUCUCGGCUUUUAGCUGAUGCCCACACCGUGCUGGGGAGCCCCAAUGCCCACAGGACACUGACUGCUCUGGGGAAGCUGAUGCCAUUGCUGAAGAGUGCUGGCAAUAAAACCUGGCCCCAACACAGUGACCCACUUCAGGAACAACCCUCCCUGGCCACGGAGUUUCUGGGGAUGCUGUCACAAGGGGAAUCUUUGUUGGCGGCCCUGGGCCAAACCCAGGAAACCGUGAGUGGCUUUGUCGAAGCUGCUGAGAACCUAACCCAGGAGCUCCUGGCCCUGCCCAGCUUGGUAGAGCUCCGGGCUUUACUGCGGAGACCCCAGGGGACCAGGAGCCCUCUGCAGCUGGUAUCAGAAGCCUUCUGCAGUGCCAAGGGGCCCAGCAGCCCAGGUGGUCUCUCCCUCAACUGGUAUGAAGCCAGCCAAAUCAAGGAAUUGGUAGGGCCGGAGCCUGCAUCACCCCUGAUGGUUGAUGGCCUGAGCCCUGACUGCUCUAAGCUGAUGGGGGCCCUGGAUGACCACCCACUCUCUCACCUGCUCUGGAGACGCCUGAAGCCACUGAUCCACGGGAAAAUUCUAUUUGCACCUGACACAAAUUUUACCCGGCAGCUCAUGGCCCAGAUGAAUCGGACCUUUGAGGAGCUGGCUCUGCUGAGAGAUGUCAAGGAGGUCUGGGGGGCACUGGGUCCGCAGGUCUUUGACUUCAUGAACAACAGUGACAAUAUGGCCAUGCUACAGAGGCUCCUGGAACUGCAGAAUAAAGGGCAGAGAAGGCCAGGAUCUGGUGGCUUAGACAGAACUGAGGCGAUCAGAUCCUUCCUAGACCCCAGCAGAGGAGGCUACAGCUGGCGGGAUGCCCAUGCUGACGUAGGACGCCUGGUGGGCUCCCUGGGCCGAGUGAUGGAGUGUGUAUCCCUGGACAAACUAGAGGCCGCACCUUCGGAGGCAGCCCUGGUGUCACGGGCCCUGCAGCUGCUUGCUGAGCGUCGUCUCUGGGCGGGCAUCGUCUUUCUGGGACCCGAAGACUCCCAGAAUUCCACAGAGAUGCCAGCUCCAGGCUUGGGCCCUGGCCACGUGCGGGUCAAGAUUCGCAUGGACAUCGAUGAUGUCACCAGGACCAAUAAGAUCAUGGACAAGUUUUGGGACCCUGGCCCAUCUGCAGAUCCUCUGAUGGACCUUCGCUACGUGUGGGGCGGCUUCGUGUACCUGCAGGAUCUGCUGGAGCGUGCAGCUGUUCGGGUGCUAAGUGGCACCCGGCCCCGGGUGGGCCUCUACUUGCAGCAGAUGCCCUAUCCCUGCUAUGUUGAUGACGUGUUCUUGCGUGUCUUAAGCCGGUCGCUGCCUCUCUUCCUGACAUUGUCUUGGAUCUACUCUGUGGCGCUGACGGUGAAGGCCGUGGUACGUGAGAAGGAAACACGACUUCGCGACACGAUGCGUGCCAUGGGACUCAGCCGUGCAGUUCUCUGGCUGGGCUGGUUCCUCAGUUGCCUUGGGCCUUUCCUGCUCAGUGCUGCACUACUUGUGAUGGUACUCAAGCUGGGAGACAUUCUCCCCUACAGCCACCCAGUGGUGAUCUUCCUGUUCUUGGCCACCUUCUCGGUAGCCACGGUGGUCCAGAGCUUCUUGCUGAGCGCCUUCUUCUCCCAUGCCAACUUGGCAGCCGCCUGUGGGGGCCUCAUCUACUUCUCACUUUAUCUACCCUAUGUGCUGUGCGUGGCUUGGCGGGAGCAGCUGCCCACCGCGGGCCGCGUGGCCGCAAGUUUGCUGUCCCCUGUGGCCUUCGGCUUCGGGUGCGAGAGCCUGGCACUGCUGGAGGAGCAGGGCGAGGGUGCACAGUGGUACAACCUGGGCAUUGGGCCCGCGGGUGACGUCUUCAGCCUGGCACAGGUCUCGGGCCUCCUGCUGCUGGAUGCUGUGCUCUAUGGCCUUGUCCUCUGGUAUCUGGAGGCUGUGUGCCCAGGGCAGUACGGGAUCCCCGAACCGUGGAAUUUUCCCUUCCAGAGGAGCUACUGGUGCGGACCUGGAGCCCCCAAGGGUCCUGCCCCAGCCCCUGCCCCACAAGACCCCAAAGGUUCAUCCCAGCUCCUGGCCCUAGUGCAGCGCGUGGUGCCAGGGGCACAGCUGGUGGAGGAGCUGCCCCGAGAGCUGGUGCUGUCCCUGCCCUAUGCGGGUGCCCUGGACGGCAGCUUUGCCUCACUCUUCCAGGAGCUGGACCAAGGCUUGGCGGCACUGGGCCUCACUGGCUAUGGGAUCUCGGACACCAGCCUUGAGGAGAUCUUCCUGAAGGUGGUGGAGGACUGUGCUGUAGACGCAGACCAGGAGGAUGGCAGCUCAGGGCAGCAUCUGAGUACCCGAAUUGCCGCCCUUCGGCGCAAGACACUGCCAGAGACCUCAGCCCUGGAGAAUGGGGAGCCAGCUGGGCCAUGCCCACAGAGUCAGGCCCUGCGGGGCUGCGGGACAGUGGCUGCAGGCCGGGCAUGCGGUGCUGCGUUGAUCCACCGGCAGCUCUGGGCGCUGCUUCUCAAGCGUUUUCUGCUGGCCUGUCGCAGCCGCCGUGGCCUAUUUGCCCAGAUCGUGCUGCCCGCCCUGUUUGUGGGCCUGGCUCUGGUGUUCAGCCUCAUCGUGCCCCCUUUUGGCCACUACCCAGCCCUGCGGCUCAGUCCUGACAUGUACGGUGCCCAGGUCUCCUUCUUCAGUGAGGAUGCACCAUGGGACCCUGUUCAGGCCCGGCUGCUUGAGGCCCUGCUUAGAGAGGCAGGGCUGGAUGGGCCCUGCCUGCAGAACACCUCCACCAGGGAGCCUGAGCACACACAGCAUCCUGCCUGCCGAUUCUCUGUCCCCAAAGUUCCUGCUGAUGUGGCCCAAGCCUUGGCCCGUGGCAACUGGACCCUGGACUUCCCAUCCCCGGCUUGCCAGUGCAGCCAGCCUGGUGUCCGCCGCCGUCUGCUCCCUGACUGCCCCGCUGGGGCCGGUGGCCCCCCACCACCCCAGGCUAUGGCCAGCUCAGGGGAGGUGGUGCAGAACCUGACAGGCCGAAACGUGAGCGAUUUCCUGGUGAAGACCUACCCACGCCUGGUACACGAGGGCCUGAAGACUAAGAAGUGGGUAAAUGAGGUCAGAUAUGGGGGCUUCUCACUAGGGAGCCGAGAUCUGGACCUCCCCACAGGGCAUGAGGUGGGCCACACGGUGGAGUUACUCCAGUCGCUGCUGACCCCCCAGGCCGGUGGUGCCCUGGACAGGAUCCUGAACAACCUCACAAAAUGGGCUGAUGGCCUGGAUGGGCAGAAAAACUUCAAGAUCUGGUUCAACAACAAGGGCUGGCAUGCCAUGGUGGCCUUCAUCAACAGAGCCAACAACGCACUCCUACAGGCCCACCUGCCCCCAGGCCCCGCCCGCCGGGCCCACAGCAUCACCACACUCAACCACCCGCUGAACCUGACCAAAGAGCAACUGUCUGAGGCUGCACUGAUGGCCUCCUCAGUGGACGUCCUGGUCUCCAUCUGUGUGGUCUUCGCCAUGUCCUUCGUCCCAGCCAGCUUCACCCUUGUGCUCAUCGAGGAGCGUGUCACUCGAGCCAAACACCUGCAGCUCCUUGGGGGCCUUUCCCCGACCCUUUACUGGCUCAGCAACUUUCUCUGGGACAUGUGUAACUACUUGGUGGCUGUCUGCAUAGUGGUGCUCAUCUUCCUGGCCUUCCAGCAGAAGGCGUACGUGGCUCCUGCAAACUUGCCUGCUCUCCUGCUCUUGCUACUGCUGUAUGGCUGGUCGAUCACGCCACUCAUGUAUCCAGCCUCCUUCUUCUUCUCUGUGCCCAGCACGGCCUACGUGGUGCUCACUUGCAUCAACCUCUUCAUUGGCAUCAACAGCAGCAUGGCCACCUUUGUGCUUGAGCUCUUCUCUGACCAGAAGCUGCAGGAAGUGAGCCGUAUCUUGAAAAGAGUCUUCCUGAUCUUCCCCCAUUUCUGCCUGGGCCGAGGGCUAAUUGACAUGGUGCGGAACCAGGCCAUGGCUGAUGCCUUUGAGCGCCUGGGUGAGAACUUGGUGUUGGGUGGAGCUUGUUUUGGGCUUCUAGGAGUGAAUGGAGCAGGAAAAACAUCCACCUUUCGCAUGGUGACUGGGGACACAUUGCCCAGCAGAGGCGAAGCAGUGCUGGCAGGCCACAGUGUGGCCAAGGAACCGGCUGAAGCGCACCGCCGCAUGGGUUACUGUCCUCAGUCGGAUGCCAUCUUCGACUUGCUAACAGGUCGCGAACACCUGGAAUUCUUCGCACGCCUGCACGGUGUUCCUGAGGCUCAAGUGGCACAGAUAGCCAGCCUGGGCCUGGCCCGCCUGGGGCUCCCACGUUAUGCGGACAGACCUGCAGGCACCUACAGUGGAGGCAACAAACGGAAGCUGGCGACAGCUAUUGCCCUGGUUGGAGAUCCUGCUGUGGUCUUUCUGGAUGAGCCCACCACAGGCAUGGACCCCAGCGCACGGCGCUUCCUCUGGAACAGCCUCCUGGCCGUAGUGCGGGAGGGGCACUCCGUGGUGCUCACCUCGCACAGCAUGGAGGAGUGUGAAGCUCUUUGCACACGCCUGGCCAUCAUGGUGAAUGGGCGAUUCCGCUGCCUGGGCAGCGCGCAGCAUCUCAAGAGCAGAUUCGGGUCUGGCCACACACUGACCCUGAGGGUCCCGGCGGACCAACCCGAGCGGGCGGCGGCCUUCGUGGCGGCGGCGUUCCCAGGGGCCGAGCUUCGAGAGGUGCACGGAGGCCGCCUGCGCUUCCAGCUGCCGCCGGGAGGGCGCUGCGCUCUGGCGCACGUCUUUGGAGAGUUAGCCGCACAUGGCGCAGACCACGGCGUGGAGGACUUUUCCGUGAGCCAAACCACUCUGGAGGAGGUAUUCCUAUACUUCUCCAAAGACCAGGGAAAAGAUGAAGAUGAGGAUCACCAGCCAGAAGCUGAAGGGGAGACGGACACCCAACCAGGCCCGCUACGUCCCAAACGCAUCAACCGGUUCCUAGAGGACCCCAGCAUGGUGGAGACCAUGCUGUGAGCCUCCCUGAUUGGGGGAGGGGAGAGGAGAGGGGCGCUCUUGGGAGGCCCUGAGAGGCAAAGUCAAAGUAGAAGGCCUGGUGCCUAAGCUCCAAGCUGUAGAGCUCAAGCAUCCCCGGAGAAAAUAAAGAGAAGUCUGCAGU